CAGCACCCACUACCAAAACUGAAAAAUUGGCGUCGUAAUCUCGAAAUAUUUGGUCGACACUUUCGGAAAACGACUCACGGCGACUCGUUUCGCAAGCGUGGCUAACAGUGAGCUUGUUUUUGAAGGAUUAACUAAAGUAGUUAGUCACUCCGUCGGAGACCGGUUAGCUUGGCCGGAGUGCACGGCUAGCUGCGGUCUCACCUCACAUCCAAUCGCAAACACGGCGUACAGAACGUAUCCCGAGCCGUUCCCCGGCCACACGCACAGGCUGAACAACACCGUCAUGGGCGUGCAAGGCUUUCAGGAGUAUUUAGAGAAACGGUGUCCCGGGGCCGCAGUCCCCGUGGACCUCCUUAAGCUCGCACGCACUGUGGCCCGCCAGACCCCGCACCACCAUCACCCGCACCACCACCCACAUCAUCCCGGGCCCAUGCCUCCCCCGCCUCCGCCUGCCAGGAUCCUGAUCGACGCGGACUCCGGCCUGCAACGACUCUACGGCGGCUACCAGACGGACUGGGUGUGCGGGGGCGAGUGGAACGCCAUGCUGGGCUAUCUGGCUGCCCUCUCUCAGGCCUGCUUGUACCAGGGCGGCCUGGAGCUGGUCGUGGUUUUCAACGGCACAUUGGGAAAGGAGCGCUGGCCCGAGUGGGCGCGGCGAGUUCAGGGCCAGCGACAGACGGCGCAGCUGAUCGUCAACCACGUUGGCAGCAAGGCCACCCCGCCUCCACGCGCGUGGUUCCUGCCCCCAGCCUGCCUCGGCCACUGUGUCCGCCUCGCCAUGUUCCGCUUCCGAGUGCGGGUGAGCAGUAUGAUCUUGUUGUAA